UGACAAACGUCAAAUAUCAUUUUGUUUUUUGCUGUUUAAACACGUCAUUGUUUGUAUUGUGAAAUAUUAAUAAUUAUAGAGUCGAGGUCGGGUUCAAGUUUUUGCAUUUCGAGACUCGCUACAAAUGGAUAGUGUGGUUACAGAAGAACCAAUGACAAUGUUUAACCCAAUUUCAUUUGUUCUGCAGUUCUUAGCCUCCUAUGGAUGGUACUUGGUGGGAGCUUCUGCGGCUGUGCUGUAUGCAGCUCACAAGCUCAGUCCUCGCAUUGAACGGUGGCGACAGGCCAGAGAAGAUGCUGCAUAUCAUAAAGACCCGGAUGUGGCGUUAGCACGUAUGGCUGCCAUACAAGAGGCACGUGAGAGACAACAGAGGCUGCUGGAGGAGGCCUCCGCUAGAGCACUGAGAGAACAGAAGGAACGUGAGGAGCGCAAGAGAGCGGAGGUGAUGGAGAAGUUAAAGAAGUUGGAGGAGAACGGGGGACACAAACUGGGCACCGGCUCAGGGGAUGACUACCUGCCGUUGAGUGGCGGCGCGUCCACCUCCUCGUACAGGCCUCCAAAGCGCUCCGCCUGCGCCCGCGGCGGCUGCGGCGGCUGAGUGUACUCUCAUACAUAUCAUACACACACCAUACAUACAUCAUACACUUCAUACAAACUCUCAAUACAUAUAUAUACAUGUCAUAUUAACAGUUGUAACUUACAUAGACUCACUGAUAUUUAGUAAUACAGUAGAACCUAGAUAACUGAUAGUCAAAGGGACCGUUAUAUUUAUCUUACUUAUAAAGAUUUGUCUCUUGUGGUGGUCGUCCCUCGAGAUCGAACAAAAACUUGAUUAUCUCAUAC